UCGUCUGCUAUCGACUGCCGAGGUCAACUUUCCACUCCACGCGCGAAGUGACAACAGGAAUGUCGCUCAGGAAAUAGUUCUAAUUUUGAGCCAACGUUUCUGUUGGCUGUUUUUUUUUCUUUACUCGUCUGUUUGUGAAUUUGGAAUCUCUUCGAGAUGGUGUUUUACUUUACAAGUGCCGUGGUGGAGCCCACUUACACCAUUUACAUGGGAAAGGACAAAUAUGAAAACGAAGAUCUCAUCAAGUACGGUUGGCCCGAAGACAUCUGGUUUCACGUGGACAAACUGUCCUCGGCUCACGUUUAUCUCCGCUUACCAAAGGGUGUGACUAUCGACAAUAUUCCUCUGGAGGUGUUGAUAGACUGCGCGCAACUUGUGAAAAACAACAGUAUCCAAGGCUGUAAAAUGAACAACAUCAGCGUGGUUUACACGCCGUGGGGCAACCUGAAGAAGACCGGGGACAUGGAGGUGGGACAGAUCGGCUUCCAUCGACAGAAAGAGGUGAGGACGGUGGCCGUGGAGAAGAAAGUCAACGAGAUCGUGAACCGGCUGGAGAAGACCAAAGAGGAGCGCUACCCGGACCUGGCGGCCGAGAAGGAGUCGAGGGACCGAGAGGAGCGCAACGAGAAGAAAGCUCAGCUGCAGGAGCAAAAGAGGCGCGAGAAGGAGGAGCAGAAGAAGAAGAAGGAGAUGGAAGAGCUCAAGUGCUACAGUUCGCUAAUGAAGAACGAAAACAUGCAGACCAACGAGGAAGGCUACGAUUCCGACGACUUCAUGUGAGGAGGACGUCGGUCACGGCACCCGACGAACGUUGGGGGUGGGGAACGGGGAACGAACGGCGCAGCGACAAACUUGACAUGGCCGCCGCACCCCGGAUGGGAGGAUUGGAUAUGCUGACGUGUCUCCGUGGCGGCCAUAUCGUGGACAUUCCCAUCAAAGGUAUCGGACAAUGAAAUGAAGUCGUAACUUGCUUAUUACUCAACGGAUUUUCUUCAUUUCACUUGGGCUGGUCGUCUUUUUUUCCCCGUGCAUCCAUCUCCUGCAUCUUCCUCUCUUAACACCGACUGCCUUCAUGUCCUCCCUCCCUUCUCUUUGCUCUUCCUCUCGCUCUUUUUGCCCUGGCGGCUCCAUCCAUCCGAGUCUGCUCUCUCCAACGUUGUCUCCAAAACAUCCAAACUUUCAGCUCAUUUUUAAUCCUAUCCAUAUUUUUUUUGAUGUGAAAGGUGUUACGUUGUAUGCAAAAUAUCCACCACAACCUCCUUCAUGUUGUGGUUUUCUCGCCACGCUGACGUCUUUGUCCCUCCCAGCUUAGAGCCCAGAAGAGACUUCAUAUCGUCAUAUCUGCUUUUCUGUCGUUAAAGCUUUUUGGGAGAAGCUGAGCAACUUUUUUUUUUGGGGGGGGGGGCAAAAAUGAUCACAUGAAUUUGAAUGAUGUUCAGAUCUGAGUCAGCGCAUUUUUGUUGUUGUUGUCAUUUCAGUUUACAAUCAGGGCUAUUUUAUUUGACAAUGCAGACCCAAUUUGCCCAAAAAUAAAUGAACUCAAAAGUAUGUGCACAGUUUAAUAAAUAGUGUGUGAAACUCAACGCCUGAAGACCAGAUAUGGCCCGUCACAUCGUCAACUUCCAUGAUUCUUGUUUAAAUUGUCAUGUAAUGAACAAUGUUGAGAUAUGACACGUAUCAGUCAUAUUUUCACGUCUGUUUAAAGUCUGUUCUAUGAAUUUUAGUUGAAACAGUGACUCAUAUGCUUAAUGACAUUUCACCCAUCACACUAUUAAAUGUCAU